CGAUGACGUAAUGAGCUAAGGUUUUCAACCGGAAACUCCAAUUCCCAUGAUGCAUCUGUAAUUACCGUGGCUACUGAAACGGGGGAAGGGAAGCUGAGAUUGGAGGGAGAAACACUCACUAAGUCAGUGAAAACCCCCUCCUCAGGAAUCGAUUUGAAAGCAUCAAGGAAGGCCGUUUUUGUUUGAAGUUGUCUUGAAAUCCAAAGUAAUGAAGAGCCUUGGGUGGGAAGAGCCCAGCCCUGAACAGUUAUGUCAUCGCCAUCACCACCCAGGUUUCGUGCACAUCUGAUGGGGCCAAGGAGUAACCUCACAGAGAUAAAAGAUCUGUGGAGAAGAGGGAAGCUGGCGGUUUCCCUAAAACGUCUAUGUUGAUGGUUGGACAUUUUCUCAUGCUCUUUUAGACUGAUAUUUUCACAUUCCUUUCCAAAUAAUCAGCCCCGGGCUGCAGAUCGUUGGUAUGACUUCCACAACAUGGACCGAUAUCAUCACUGAGAGUUAAGAAGAGUCCAACUGAAAUGGGGACUGUUUUCACUGAUGAGGGAAAAGAGAAACUUGUCAUCACUACUCAUGUACACUACAGCAGUCAUGGCGGUCCUUACAGCAGCUCCUAAGCACCAGUCUGUCCAGGACUUGACAAGCCUUUAGAGGCCAGGAUCUCACCCACGCUUGCCAACCAACAAAAUCCAUGCAAUGGCUGAAGAUAAUGAUGUCAUUGAGGGCCUAAAUGGUUUGUCCCAUGAAUGUAAACCAUCUGAGGAGAUCUCCAAUGGACACUCCAACCACAAACCUGUCAUGAAUGGAAUGAUUAUAAGUCAUAAUGCCAAAGAUCACAGCACUGGCAGUGCACCACUCAGAUCCUUGCCGAUAUCAGCACUCAAGGAGAAUGGUGUUCUGCAGAGUCUGGCAGCUGGAGGGGAACAGGCUGAGGUUGAAGAGGAAAAUUCAGAAUUGGAAAAGGCUCGAGAGGAGUGGGAGGCUCUGGAGAACAUUCAACCAGCUCUCACGGAAGACUCCAGCCCAACCUCACUCAUUUCGUUCAACGAAGCCCUGCAGUACUUCCAGACCACAGACCUCGGGGACCUGCUUAAGAACAUCCAGCCAACUAUUCGCCGAACAGGCCUAGCUGCCAUCACACACUUCCUCUUUGGACCGCCACGCCUACACAGGGAGCUCCUGGAAGAGCGAGAUCUGGUCUUUGCCAUCGCACAGUGUCCGGUAGACAACAGCCAGAGCGUCCAUAUGCGUGUGCUCCAGACCAUUUACAAACGCUUGACAGGCAGUAGGCUGGACUGUCCUCGCUAUGGGACACACUGGGAAAACAUCGGCUUUCAGGGUACCGAUCCAGCCACAGACCUUCGUGGCACUGGCUUUCUGGGACUGAUGCAUACCCUUUACUUUGUCAUGGACCCAGAGACUCUACCUUUGGCUCGAGAUAUAUACAGGUUAUCUCAGCACCCUACUCAGAACUUUCCAUUCAGUGUGAUGUCAAUCAACAUGACCCGCAUUGCUCUGCAAGUACUCAGAGAAGAAGCCUUGUCAAAGGAAUGUAACCGUCGUCAGCAAGUGGUUGGAGUGUUGAAUGAGUUUUUCGUCGCUACCUAUCUGCACCUUUACCAAUUGUGGAAGAGCCAACAAAAAACUAUUGCAGACUCUGGCUUUGUCAUAAAAGAAGUUGAGCUCUUUGCCAAAAAGAACCCUAAGCAGAUGCUCCGUCGACUUGAGGUCUUCCUGAAAGAGAGACGUGCCGGUGGAAUACCUCGUGGAACGUCACCAGAUCCCCAGACCCAGCAGUCCUCUCCCAACCUGGUGGAGCGAGGUAAAGCCAAGGGGAAGGAGAUGCACUUCACUGGGGUGUGUGAUCUACCACCGGACAUGGAGGGAGAGGCCAGGCUCAUCUAAGCUAAAGUGUGUGUGUGAGUGAGCGAGAGCGAGAGCGCGUGUGUAUCUUGAUCAUGAGUGUGUCUGGCGUCUUAUUUGAAAGCUACCAGACCCUAAUCAAGAACUUGUUACCUGAACCUUCCAAUAAUGCUGGGGUGCUGCUGAAGGUUGUCACUCAAAGAAUAUUUAAAUUAAUUUAUUAUAUUUUAACAGAGAUCAGUUAAAUAUACAAACUAUUCAGGUCAGAUGUCUAAGAAAAAAGAAAGAAUAUUGCACUUUUGUGUGAAUUUAGUAGCCAAAUUGAAAGCUGCCAUUUGAGUUACAAUAUGUAGAAGUCUAAAAAUCUAUAUAGGUGCAUGGCAUGGAGCGAUUAUUUCCGUGUAAGUGCUCCGUCACAUGAGCAUGCUGGUGACCUCUAGCUAAAAAUGGGGGUUACGUUUAUGUUAGGAAAAAUCAGAAAGAUAAAGAAUCUAUUGAUCAUUCUUAGUGGACUUCGAAUUAGCUUUGUGUUGUUGGAGAGCGUGAGUGAAUUAAAUGCUAUCAAAGAUGUGAAGAAAUGUGAGAAGCUGCAGUCCAAACUUGCUGUAUAAUAUUGAGGAGAUUAAUUCUAACUGUGACUGUCGUCUUCACAAAUAGCGCAACUGUUGUGUUGUAUUGGAACAUUUCCGCAGCUGGUGAUGGAUGGAGUUACCGUGAGAAGGAUUCACUCUAACCACACCAGAUCUUGUGAGCAUUCUUAGUUGGUCACGGUUCAAACCCUUGAGAUACUCUGAAGCUGAGGGCUUGACCUGGCCCUCAGUAGUCUGGUUUGACCUUUCUCUACAUUCCGUUAUGAAGCAUGCGAUUGUAUUUUAUAAUUUCUGAAGAUUAUUUUGUGUGUGUGUGUUGGUGUGUGUGUGUGUGUUGGUGUGUGCGCAUGUGUCUAAACAAUGAGCGGAUAUAGAUGGAGGGUGCCUCUCUUUGGAGAUGUAUGGUACAGUAUGCAAGUCCAGCUCUCAUUCAAGAUAAUCAAAACGAUCGUGCUGUGUCACAAUAGACAUCGUUCCUAAAUUCAGGGUUUGUGUGCAAGCUAACGUUCUUGUAUGGCUGUCUCUGUGAGAGCAUUGUUUUGAUCAGGCCUUACCCUCUGAGAUGCAUUAAAAUGGCAAAUAUGCGUUUUUGGAAACAGCAGAUAUUUAGAAGCACUUCAGGGUCAGAGGUGAGGGCAUGUGUCAUGUCAUGAAAUGUCCUCACUGGGGUGUGUGUGUGUGCGUGCGUGCGUGCGAGUGGGACAGGAACUGACUACAGAUGGGGUGUUUUCCUUUGCUCACAAAAUACCAGCAUUACUAAGUACUUAACCCAUCAAGCUGUGGUGAUGGUACUUUUGUUUUACCUUCAUCAGACGUCUCUUAACCCUUAGUCUGCAGCCCCAGAUGGGUGGAGAUUCUCAGCAAAGCUGGCUCUUACUCUGUGCCGAAGUGAAACCAUCCACCAUUAUUGUAGUCUUGAUCCGUAGCAUGUUCAGGUAGCACUAGUACUGUAGCAUCUUUUAGCCUCCUUUUUGGUGAAAAGCUUGUUGAUGUCACCUGUCAGCAAGUCUGCAAAAUGUUACUAAUAUAAUAGCACAUUCAUUUCAUCUCUGCACUACACUACUUUUACCUGCAGAUGGCGCCAUUGUGCUGGUAAUGCUGCAUUCCAUUUGUGGUCCGAAGUUGUUGAGGUUCUCAUUAGUACAAAUGAAUAAAUAAAUUUGAAACAAAUCAGUCUACCUUAGAUUUAAGUGCGUCUGUGUCGACAUUCCCGCGAUUAAUAGAUGUUAAAUCUCCCAGUCCAAUUGAAUUGAGAACGUUUCUAUUGGGACCGUAAGAUGCUCAAACCACCUCCACUGACUUUGUCCUGUGCACGGAAGCAGUGUCUCUCCUUUGAGUCUCUUGCUGUCAAUGCGACCAUUCUCUUUAAUAUAAGGGAAGGCCAAUUUUCUGAUUUUUGCCUUUGACAGAACUCAUGGCCACCAUUGAAGUUAGGAUUUUAAUUAUUGCAGCACUUUAACAUCUGGUUGAAGUUAAACCUCCUGGCACCAAGUUGCAACUGAUCUUUUUUUAAUCAGUCAAAUCACAAAAUAUGCAGUUUAAUCGAAAAAUAAUUCACUGUUCACUGGUUGAGGAUUAAAGAUUAGCUGACAUUAAAAAAAAAAUGAAACAAUCAAUGAAUGAAAUAAUUGUUGGUUGAGAUGGGCCAGGUUGUCCUUCCUGCAGUGGGGGGCCACUUUGAUUUGUUAAUUUUUUUUUUUGUGAAUUGUGUUGCACGUCCUAUUUAGACUCUGUGGAUUCAUGCUGUGACCUGUACAUGUCUGACAAGAUCAGCAGCCCUGAACGGGCCCUCAACUCCAUGGAGCCUCCACCUCAUUCACAUGCACCCGUGCAGUUCGUGACCACCUGCCCUGCAGGGUUGUUAAACACUGGAUGAGUUACAAGAUAUCUUCAUUGAAAACAUGUUCCUAUGGUAGUCUUAUCAGCCUUUUUUGCACUCUCAGCUAAAAAAUAAAACGUGCGUUUUUGGUGCAAGAGUGCCUGAUGGGCUCCGAGCCCUGUGAGCUGGCCGCCGCUCCAACUCAAUCCUACAUCCCACUAUUGUUCCCCUCACUCUGAAGCAACAAUCCCUGGUACAUUAACUUUAACUUUUGAGCAAAUGGAAUGCAGCACUUGAUCAGACUUGGCUCCAUCUUGUGUUCCCAGAAGAAGUGAGAGUGUGGCCUGUGUGGAGUUUGUUUUUUAGUUCCCCUUUACAUCUUCAUUGAUGACACAGGCUUGGUAAAACAGAUUCCCAGUUGAGUGCGUCUUUGGAGGUGAUGAGUCCCUUUCAUUCCGUUUGGCAUUACCCCCAGAAACAAAAAUGAAGUUUUGCCAAACUUUUGCAAGUGUCUUGAUGGAUCAGGAAAUUUUGCACUGUAGAUAUUCGACGUGUUUGUGUGCGAUGGAAGCAAGAGGAAACUCAGUCAACAGCCAUAUUGUUCAUCAACAAGCAACUCUCAUCCAGUCAGUGACAUUUGGGUUUGUUCAUUUCAAUCCAAGGAGCAGUACAGUGUGUGUAAAUCAGGACGUUGUAUAUAGAGAAUCAAUGAUUGUAACUGUAUGAUUGUCUGUAGGGCAUUAUACUGAAACACAUCACUUACCUCAAGAGAAAUAUCUUUCCUUCCAGUCUUCUCUCUUCAAUUUCUUCAACUUGGGCCUUCUCUCAUUCCAACCAGACUCAUUGUCCCAUCUAUAUACGAGAACUAAAGCUUUACUUAAUGGCGAGCUGUUAUGAAAAGCUAGUCGAUGUUAUGUGUGCGAUAUUUAGACACUUUUCUUAUCGCUAUCUAGGCCAACACAUUAACAGACUGAUAGGAUCUUAUUGGAGUUUGAAUAAGCAGGUCUCACGUGGCUUCAGUGGCGGUACGGUUUUCUUAUGCUGUGUUUUAAAUGUUCGAUGUGAAGAAAACACGCAGAGGCAACCAGACGUUCACAGGUAGUGUCACAAACAAUGCUCAAUCAGCCGUCAUCCUUUUGUGCUUCAACUGUCUGAUUUCUCUUCACGCCCAGCGGUUUCCUUUCUGCUCAGAUUUAAAGCAUUGGUCAUCAUCAGUAGAAAACCUCCUCAGUUGUGAACCAAGAGAGAAAAAGCUAAACAAAAUAACAACACGGGUCCCUGCAGGACGUGAGAUGCUCUGAGAGGUGUGUGGUGUGAAGUGCUUUCAGCAGCACCUGGACUGAUACAAUCACUUCUCUCAAUCUCCUGCGCUUUAUAUGAAGGUGUUUUACUGUUGCUGUUGUCGUCAUGUCCCUCAGAGCGUUUUAUGACUGUACCUUGAUUGUAGAAGCCCUAUUUUAUACCAAGAGUUAUUCCAGAAUACACUAUGUGCUGUUGUACAUUUAAUGUAUUGUAUGGAGAAAGCUUAAUAAAUGCUCUUUAAAAACGUUCUACACGACUUUGCAUCCGUUUUGGGAGGUUGGAAGGGGUUCAAGGAAGGGUGGUCCAAUGAAGGAUCACAACCUCACCCAUGUGAAUGAGUCAAACAAAGGGACAU